AUGGAUCAUUUACUAAGACGUGAACGACUUCGAUUGGCUAAAGAUUUAAUUAAUCAAAGAAUAAUAGAACAAGCAAUUGAUCUUGAAAGACAAUGUGAAAAUGAUCUUCGACGAGAAUUUCAAUCAAUUAUUCAUAAUAUACAGAGUUCAGAAAGACGACGACAUCCUCGAUCACAUUCUCAAACAAGUGAUUAUAGAGAUAAUCGUCAUCGACGUGAUUCGACUGAUCUUCAUGAAGAACAAUCAAGACAUAGAAGUGGUAGUCUUUCUCAACAUCGUCAUCAUCAUCAUCAUCAUCAUCAUCAUCGCCAGAGUGACACAAGAGAAUGUUCUUUAGUCACAUUAACUUAUCGUAGUUCAGCUACUAGUAGACAUGGUGACGAGAUAAUGAUUGUUGAAAAUGGUAGAACAGUUUUUAAAGGUUGUUUAACACGUGGAGAUCAAUUAACAUUUAAAUCAAAACGUUAUCGAGAUAAUCCAAAAAUAAAAUUAGAUUUUUAUAUAAAUGAUAUACUUGAAGAUCAAAUAAUAGCUUGUUGUGAACAUGGAUUAAUUAAAAAAGAUGAAAAUCAUAUUUUUCAAAUUGAACAUAUUGUUGGAUCAAAACCUUGUCAACAUUGUCAAUUAGAAAAUUCUACAAAUUCAUCAAGUCCAUCUCCAUCUCCUCCAAUUUCACGAAGUACAAGAUCAUCAACUAUAACAAAUAAUGAACAACGACCAAUAUCAUUAACAACAAGACAACGAUCAUCUACAUAUACUACAAACAAUUCUCAUAAAUCGAAACCACCAGUAUCAUUAAAUAAUCGAGGACGAACAAGUGAAAAUCGAACAUUAAAAAUUGAAACAAGAUUUAGUAAUCAAAUCAAUCAUCAUCAAUCAGAAAAAAAAAGAUCAACAACACUUUUUGUUCCACAAUCAGAUAUUGAAAAAGCUUCAAGUGAAGGUUUUUCAGCUGAUACUCUUGAAUACUCUAAUUCUCAACUCUUAACAUGUAUUCAAUCAGAAAAUAAACAACAAAUUGAAAAAGAUCCAAGAAAUUUGUCACCGAUAUUAUCAUCUACUGAUCAAGAAUCGCCUCUACCACCCAAAAGAAUUUAUGGUCCUCCUCAAUUAUCAACAAUGUUAUCUGUUAGUGAUGCUCUUGAUUCACCAUUUGAAACAAUAACUGAUAAUCAUGAAGAAACAAUUGAUAAUUCAAUAAGUCAAAAAUCUGAAUCAUUGAAUAUAGAACAGCGAAAAGUUUUAGGUUCUCAUUCGGAUUCAGAUAAUGAAAAUCGUCAAACAAAUGAUUUUGUUCAAUUUCUUCGAUCAAUGUCAUCGAAUGUUGAAAAUAAUCAGAAUGAACAAACAAUUCAACAAAUGCCGUCAAUGAAUAUUAGUUCGAAUCGUGAUAUGCCUACUGUUCAUGAUGAAACUCAAUUAUUACUUACACGACUUGGUAUUAUCAGACAACAACAAGUCGAACAUAGUGAACAAUCAAUUGGUAAUGCUCCUCGACAACAAGGAAAUGUUGAAUAUUUUAUUGUUGUUUAUUUAAAUUCAAUAUAUCCUGAUGACUCAAUAAUAAAAGAUCUUCGAGGUGUUGUAAAUUUCUUGAAAAUUUUUGAUGAUAUUGAUGAUUGUAUUGCUUUUAUCAAUAGUAUAUCAAAUGAAAAAAUUCUAUUUAUUUUAUCAGAUAUGUUUACUAAUUCAAUUCUUUUCAGAAUUGAAAAUCUUCAACAAAUUUUAAGUAUUUAUAUUUUAUGUGAAUUUAAUCAAAAUAAACAAUAUUUAUUAAAUCAAGAAUUGAAAAUAAAAGGUUUUUAUACAAAUAUAAAUGAUAUAUAUAAACAAAUGUCAAUUGAUAUAAAUGAAAUAACACGUGAUUUAAUAGCAUAUAUGAAUGUAUCAUUAAAUUCUAAUACACAUGAUCCAAUGUUUAUUUAUUCACAAUUAAUAAAUGAAAUAAUACUUGAUAAUGAUGAAACAGAAUUUGCUAUGAAAGAAUUAAUCAAUUUUGCUCGUCAAGAAUAUGAUGGAAAUCCAAAAGAAUUAUCUAUUAUUGAUGAAUUUGAAAAUGAUUAUGAUAAAACUCGUGCUAUUUGGUGGUUUACAAGACAAUGUUUUCUAUCAAAAAUGUUAAAUAAAGCUCUUCGUAUACCAGAAGCUGAUGUUUUAUUUAAACUUCGUUUAUUUAUUCAAGAUUUAUAUCAUCAAAUUGAAAAUGAAUCGAUAACAAAUACAUCUUUAAGUGUUUAUUUAGGUCAAACAAUUCAUCAAAAUGAUUUAGAUGAUUUACAAAAAAGUUUAAUAAAUCAUGGUUUACUUGUUUUUAGUCAAUUUUUAUUUGGUUCAACAGAUUUAUUAAAAGCUGUUGAAAUAGCAAAAAAUCUUCCAAAUUUAACUGAUGAAUAUAUACCUGUUAUACUUCAUUUAAAUAUAUCAUCAAAUAUGAAAUGUGCUAAUAGAAGUUCAUUACGUUAUAAUGUUGAUGAUAAUAAUGAUGUUUUAUUAAAUAUGGGUAUUAUUGGACGUUUAACAAAAAUUGAAAAAUCUUCUUUUAAUCAAUAUGGAAUAGCUUCAGUUUAUUUAACAUUAAUUAAAUGUGAAAAUGAACAUUCAAUUCAACGUAUACUUGAAAUAAAACGAAAUGAAAUAAAAGGUGCUUCACCAUUUGUUUCAUUAAUUAAAUUAAUGAUGAUAAUGAAUCAACAAAUACGUGCUGAACAAUUUGUUCAAAUGAUAUUUAAUGAUGAAACAUUAAAAACUGAUCCAAAUAUUCAAGGUUCAAUAGCUGCAUCAUGUCAUAUAUUAGGUGCUGGUUAUCAUUCACGAGGUGAUUAUAAACGUGCUGUUGAAUUAUUUCAUUUAUCAUUAGAUACAUUUCUUCGUUUUGUUCCAUCUAAUGCUGUACAAUUAUCUCCAACAUAUAAUAAUAUUGGUUCAAUGUAUUUUCGUCAAGAAGAAUAUAUAAAAGCAAUUGAAUAUCAUCAAAAAGCUCUUGAUGUACAAUUAAAUUCACAUAAUCCAAAUUUAUUAGCUAUUGCUUCAUAUUCAAAUAAUAUUGGUGUUGUUUAUUUAAAACAAGGAAAAUAUAAUGAUGCUGCAAAAUCAUUUGAUCGUUCAUUAAAAAUUCUUCAACAAUUAAAUCAACCAAAUAAUUCUGAUCUUGCAUCAACAUAUGAUAAUUUAGGUGAUGCUUAUAUUUUACAAGAUAAAUAUGAUUAUGCUUUAACAUAUUAUAGUAAAGCACUUGAAAUUCAACAUCUUAUUCAACCACGUAAUCCUCAAGCACUUGCUUCAUUUAAUAAUAGUAUUGGAAAUGUUUAUAAUAAAAUGCAUCGUUAUAAUGAUGCACUUAUAUAUUUUAAACAUGCUUUAGAUAUUCAAAAAGAAUAUUUACCAUUAACACAUCCAUCAUUUGCAUCACUUUAUAAUAAUAUUGGUUCAAUGUAUUAUCGACAAGAACAAUAUGCUGAUGCAUUACCAUGUUAUUUAAAAAGUCUUGAAAUUGAAUUAAUGUCUUUACCAGAUAAUCAUCCAACUAUUGCUAUUACACAUUUUAAUAUUGCAACAACAUAUACAGGUUUAGGAAAAUUUCAAGAAGCUAUUGUAUCAACUGAAAGAUCAAUUGAACAAUUAUUAAAAACUUUACCAUCAGAUCAUCCGGAAAUUAUGGAAAAUCGUUCUUAUAUUGAAACAAUUAAACGGAAACAAAUACUUAAAGGACUUUUUGAUACUAAUACAACAAAUUGA